CUCGUUUGCGCUGCUGAUAAAAACUAAGCCAACACGCUGCUGUUGUACAACUUUUAGACGUGUGAUGUGAUUUUGACAUAUAUAUCUUUAUAUAUUUUUUCACUCAACUUCAGCUCAUUGCCGUGAAACCAUUGUAGUUUGCUGACGUAAACUGCUGUAUCAAGUAAAUACAAUGGCAAAUCAUGUUAAUGUUUAGCUUGGAGAACGAAACGGAAGGAGUAUGGCGCCAUGUUCAAAAUGUUUCAAGAGUGCUUUUUGACAUUUUUUUCUUAUCCAGCAUGCCAAACAAACAAAAACGGACCCGAAAUAUCCUACAUUAUUUUUCGCAUCUUAAGGAAGACGGCAUUCAAACAGAUGAGCUGAAAGGCAGUAAACGGGGCAGGUGUUGGCAGGCGGAGGUCAAGAUGCCCCCUAAUCAAUGUAAAGCAGAUGUGGUGAAAAUGCGUGAGGGGGUGCCACUGCCAUUACAAUCGUCAUCAUUGCAGUCCAACAGAGGUCAUAUGGAGUCGCCUCACCUUCUGCACAGAUUUUUGCAAGACAUCCAAGCAUCCAACACAGCAUUCCAGGUCCAGAAUGUAUUCAGGAUGCUGCAGAAGAAAGCCAACGAGAGGUGGCCAGAUUCUGGAAUGAGAGAAGAGAAGAACUUCGAUUUAAAGAAGACACUAAAAAGCACUGAGAAGGACUCCAAAGGCCCAAGAUUUAAUAGUGUGACUCCAAAGGCGCCAAGUUCCAGCCUCUCGAUGCAAUUUUCAGUUGAAACGUGCCCCCGUGUGAGCAAGCUCAGCCGCACACGGAGAAUGAAGCGGCAAGUUCCAAGUGAUUGUGGGAAUAGUUGUAAAGAUACUGACAAAACACUCGAAACCAUCCAAAAAGAUUCCAGUUGUGAGGAUGUGCUGUGGACAGACAAGUACAGUCCUCGAUGUGCAAAUGAAGUUAUUGGGAACAUCCUCCAAGUGAGCAAAUUGCACAAUUGGUUGAAAAUGUGGAAACUGCACACCGCCUCAAGUGAGAAUCGGACAGUGAAGCAACUAAAAAGUGAAGAAAAGUGCAGCGGAAACAUUUCCACGCAAGACACAUGGGAUUGUGGAGACUUCCAGGGCGAUGUUGGCUCAAAGGAGCCCCAUGAGGAGCCGCUGUGCAACGCCAUGCUCAUCACGGGGCCUUCAGGCGUGGGAAAGACCGCCUCGGUGUACGCCUGCGCACAGGAGCUCGGCUUCCAGGUGUUUGAGGUGAACUCUUCCUCCCAGCGUAAUGGCCGCCAGGUUCUGUCUCAGCUAAGGGAGGCAACACAGUCCCACCUGGUGGAGAUGACUGGGAAGGACCCUCUGAAAGCGGCCUACUUCAGCAACUACAACACCAGAGGAUGCACCCCGACAAGUGAACAUUUAGCAGGAGGCAAAUUGCAACCUCCCAGAAAAGUUACCCUCCGCUCAAAAAAACAGACAUUUGGUGGUCAGAGGAGCACAGGAACGAAAAGCUCAACUGCUGUCACUCUAACAAACUUUAAGAUGAAGGCCAAAGCAGAUCAAAUGUACGGUCUGUUCCCAGCAGACACACCACAUGACAAACUGAAACAGCUUUCUGAGUAUCAAACGACACCGCAAAACACAAACGGAGCCACAUCGCUCAUCUUAUUUGAAGAGGUUGACGUCAUAUUUGAAGAUGAUGUCGGUUUCUUGGCAGCAAUCAAGACGUUCAUGACGACCACUAAGAGGCCAGUGGUUCUCACCACUAAUGAUCCUACGUUCAGAGAGCGAUUCGGUGGCAACUUGGAAGAAGUUAUUUUCAAGAAGCCAUCCGUGGUGAACCUCUGCAGUUACCUGCAACUGCUGUGUUUGGCCGAGGGUGUAAAAAUGGACACGGAAGACGUGAGAAGUCUCGUCACGCUUACUGCAGGCGACGUCAGACGUUGCCUUCUCCAGCUUCAGUUGUGGGUGAAGAGCGGUGAAGGUGCGACUAUAGAUGGACAAGAUGCCAAACUUCCCCAGUGUAGUGAAGGUUGCACUAAGCGCAUGCUGGGUCUACAUCCUUUGAGUCGAAAUGGUCUGCUGACCUUUCUGAAGAAUUCAUCAUGGACUGAAGCUGACAUGAACAAGCUGGUCGAAAGCUGGAGAAGAAAUUUUCCUCUGCUCUACUCCAACCUGGACAUACUUAUACCCUUUAGGUCCUACAAAGAAAAUUCAGUGCUCCAGUCUAAGUUGACAGCAGUAGACAUAAACCUUGUAAGGCAUGGACAUCGCUUAAACAGCAUGACGCCAUCUGGAUCCAGUUUGACAUGCAAUGGACACAGCAGCUCCUAUUGUCUGAAGGCAACGCAAUAUCACAGGACGGAACAAAGUGCAGCCAAUGUACACUUGAAAUGUUUGAAUGCUCUAGCUGAUUUCUCUGAGCUCAUGUCAUACAUGGAUGCCACAAUACCAACAGCAGAAGCACUUGAUCCAGCUGCAUGCGCAAGGGAUUUUGUCUGGACGGGUGCUGUCAUUAAAGACAGUUUGUUAGAUGAAACAAGUGAGGUGGAAGAGUGGAGUUACAACCAAGAGAAGCUGUUGGAGAUUCGGGCUUUUGUGGAAGGUUUGGGGUGUCGUAGGUGUUGGAGUCAAAUGUCUGUUAUUUGGACUCAAGCACAGACAUGCUGUCUUGAACCAACUCUCUCACAGUUUUCCAAUGGGUUACAAUUAACUUGUCAACCUCCAAUUGACCCAAUCAUGUGCCAGAGGAGGUACAAGAUGAGCCAGGCAGUUUUGAACAGUCAGCCCUUUGGACUGCUGGGAAACAGGCAGGCUAUAUUCGUCGACUAUAUGCCAACCCUCCGCUCCAUCAGCCGCUCUGUGAGGCAGCAAAAAGGCAAACAAGCCAGAUGUGUGAACUACCUCCGAAGCUUACACUUGGGCCUCUCAAAGUCAGUACUCCAACUCUUGGGCCAAGAUAUCUCAAGCACUAGUCUGACAGUCUAAACAAAACUCUAUUUAUUUUCCAUGCAAUAUAUUUUUUUUUAAAAUCUAGAAAAAUCUAUGUUGAAGCAAUUGAUUGAAUUAUGUGCAAAUCAGUAAAUAAAAUAUUUACUUUUACGUAUGGCAUUUGAUGGCAUUUUC